AUGGAGCCUUCUAUUUCGAACAAGUACAAACUCGGUCCAAAGAUUGGAAGCGGCUCUUUUGGGGUGAUAUUCCAUGGUACUGAUGUCCUUACAGGUGAAGAGGUUGCCGUAAAGCAUGAACAUGUCGAGACUAAACACCCCCAGCUUAUGCAUGAGUCAAGAGUGUACAAAAUACUACAGGGUGGAACUGGAAUUCCAAAUGUUAAAUGGUCCGGUGUUGAUGGAAAUUAUAAUGUUCUUGCCAUGGAUUUAUUGGGAGAGAACCUUGAAGAACUAUUAAAGAUUUGUGGUAAUAAACUGUCUUUAAAAUCUGUUCUCAUGCUUGCAGAUCAGAUGAUUGACAGAAUUGAAUUUGUUCACUCGAAAUCUUAUCUACAUCGAGAUAUCAAGCCGGACAAUUUCAUUAUGGGAAGGAGAAGUAAAGAUAAUGAGGUCUUCAUCGUGGAUUUUGGUCUGGCUACCAAGUAUAGACAUCCUUCAUCAUAUAAUCACAUUCCUUAUAGAGAAAAUAGGAAUUUUGUUGGAACCGAAAGAUUUGCCAGUAAAAAUACUCACCAUGGCAUUCAACAAAGCAGAAGGGAUGAUUUAGAAUCUCUUGGAUAUGUUCUCAUUUAUUUCUUAAAGGGAAGUCUUCCUUGGCAAAUUAAAGCUGCAACUCAAAAAAAGAAGUCAGAAAAGGUUAGAGAAAUAAAGGAUUCCACUUCUAUUGAGGACUUAUGCCAUGGUUGCCCAAUAGAAUUUGCUUGUUACUUUCACUACUGUUGCUCACUGCACUUUGAUACUAAGCCAGAUUAUGGUUAUCUUAAAAGAAUGUUCAGAAGCCUUUUUUCUCGUGAAGGAUUAAAAAUGGAUUAUGUGUUUGACUGGACCAUUUUGAAGUACCAACAGUCAGUGCUUGCUGCUCCCCCUGCUCGAGCUCUUGGCCAUGUUGCAGGAACAAGCACUCAGGAAACCCAUGUUGCUGCCAAUUAUAACAGACAGUCAGGUGGAGAAGAAAGAAGUGCUGGAAGAUUUCCGGAACAGAAGAGUGUUGCAAAGGUUUCAGCAGUUUCUAAAGAUGCUAAGCUAUCUAGCUCUAAACCUUUGCGGCAACCAAGGGAUUUGCCAAUCCAAGCUUCUGCCAGUAACAGGUGCAAAGAUACACUGGUGCUAGAUAAAUCGAGUCACUCCCCUGAAACCAUUGAUGCAAACCCCAAAGCAGUCCAGGAGAUACAGACAGAGCUGAAAAACUCUUCAAUUGUGUCCUCGAAGGCAAGGGCACAUCUUCUAGUAGGAAUUGUUAAAAUGUACAAGUUCUUUAUCAAGUCCUUCAAGUCCAUGAGCCUAAGCAAUGCUUUUGAAGAUGUUAUUGUCACUGUAGAGGAUGCUGAGUUAGACACUACUGAAUUUUCUUCUUUUUUAUUAAGAGGUGGUGAGGAAAGAGGUGAUGACUUUUUCCUUGACCGGACACCACAUAGAGCUGUGAUCAUUGCAAUUGUUGCGACCAUCCCUAUGGCAAGUAGGGAGAAUGAGAAUUCUGGAUGUAUUAACAAGUUCUCAUCACUAGGAAUUCUUCUUCCCAUGACUUAA